AUAGUGAGAGAUGCAGUUGUGGUCUGAACAGAUCCAGUGGUAGAUGCUGAGACAGUGGAAGUCGUAUCAUGCCCACUCUGAGAUGAAUAACCGACUGAAGUUGCAACAGGUGAAGUAGAGGAAGAAGGCUGUGACCCUGAAGAUGGUGAAGAUGAUGAAGAGG